UCACACACACCAGAGGCGCUCCUGCACACUGUAUGGUUUAACAAUACCAUAUACUUUGGUAUGAGAGGAGUGCAGGAGCACCAUGAUAUGAAGUUGGGCGAUUUGAAAGUGAAGCAGGAUGGUAAUAGCGAUGAUUAUGUUGCCUUCUGUGAGCGAUCAACAAAAACAAGAGGUGGAGCAGAUCCAAAUAAUAUCAGACAAGUUGAGCCAAAGAUGUGGGCUACUAAGGAGAACCCAGAACGUUGUCCUGUAAGGAUGUUCAAAAAGUAUACAGAAUUGAGGCCAACACACUACAUGAAGGAAACUGAUCCCUUUUAUAUAUCAACGUGUACAGACAUGAAUAAGUCCAAGAAGUGGUUCAGGGGACAGCCAGUAGGGAUCAACAAGUUGGGUUCCUUCAUGAAAUCUAUGGCGAAAGCAGCAGGAUUGACAGAUGGAGGACCACAAGCCAAAAGGUUGACCAACCAUAGUGCACGAAAAUAUGUUGUCCAAAAGUUGUGUGAUGCUGGUGUUCCUAGCAACCAAGUGAUGCAGAUAUCUGGCCACAAGAAUGUGCAAAGUCUAAAUGACUACAGUUCACUGAACAGCAACCAGCAUAGAACUAUAUCUAAGAUUAUUGGUGGACAAACAAAAAGACCCAAAAGCACACAAGGUCCUGUGAGCCCCAUACCAGAUCCUGUGAGCACCAUGGUGUCCAGCCAGAUGUCCAGAACAAGUUCUGAGCAGAGGGAGAGCCACACAGUCUAUGUCUCCAGGGGUGUAGAUCCCGUGCAGGGAAUGUUUAACAAUAUAUAUGGGGGCACAUACAACAUCACAGUUAAUUAUUUUCAGAAUCAACAGUAUUAAAGACAAGGUAUUAAAUGUUGUAAAUAUUUGAUUACUGUUGAAAUGAUAUUUUAUUGUUUACAUAUAUCCUAUGUCUUUAUGUUUCACACACAAUAAACUAUUGUGCUUGUCAAAUUCAUUGUUUCUUGUCAUUCUCAAAUGUGUGAAAAUUAGACAACUCAUUUAGUAACAUGUUUGGUG